AUGUUUCACGAUCAUGAAGAUGUUCUUUCCGAUGACUCGACCAUUCUUCAUAUUAUUGAUUUUCCUAUCAACACCGAUCACGAUCUCAUUUAUGAAAAAUUGAGAGGAAAGAUGAAUGAAAAACGAAGGAAAGUAAAGCCUUUCUCUAUGAAAUUUGAGGUGGCUCAUACAUUCGGGCAUUGGAAUAAAGAACCAGGUAAAUCAAAUCAGCACUUUAACUGGACUUGGGACGUUAAGAUCAGUUAUAAUCAUGAAUGUAUAUUAAUCGCGGAUAACACCAACAAUAGAAUUCAAGUAUUCGACUUGUAUAGCAAAGCCUACAAAAAAACACUCCCUGUGAUAAGUCCUUUUUAUUUAUGUAUUGAGGAAAAUUACGACAGUAGAGGAAAUGAUGCGUUAAUUUAUGUUUGUGGCAGUUGUAUCAUUUACAAACAUGAUUUAAGACAAUUAUUGGAGACUGGAAACACAAAUCAAAGCAUUUGGUGUUCCAAAAAGCUUCAUGUUCCUAGAGGAAUCGCCAUUCAUCCUGUUUUGAAGCAACUUUUUGUCAGUGAAGUGAUAGCACGAUCAAUACUAAUAUUGAGCUUAGAUUAUGGUCAGAUUAUUUCACAAUUUUCACUUGACAACCAACCUUGGGGUUUGGCCUUUACUGACGAAAAUGAUUUAAUUGUUAGCGAAACAUCUCCCCAUCAAAGAAUUGAAAUAUUUAGAAAGAUUGAAAAUGCUUGGACAAGUAUACGAACUUUCGGAAAGGAGGGAACAGCACCUGGAGAGCUAUCACAUUGUUAUUCGGUGACCUACGACAAAGGCUCCCAGCACAUUAUUUUGAGCGAAUACAACAAUGAUCGUAUUCAAAUUUUCAACAAGGAUGGCAAACCUCUUCACGUUUUUUCAGGUCACUCAAUACAAUUGCUUCGUUGGCCAAACGGAAUUUGUUUGAACGAGUGUACAGGAGAAUUAUUCUGUUGUGACUCUCAAAACAAUCGAGUGAUUGUUUUUAAGUAA